AUGAGAUCCCUGCUUCAACAGACGUCGCAGUCGAGUCAAAGCGUACAGAACGAUUACAGAAUUCGAGAGUACGAGAGACAGUCAUCCGUGGAUCCAGAAACUGGAUUCAAAGUAGCACUAAAAGAUCCGGGAUUUGGGUUGGAAGUAGCACUAGAAGAUCAGGGAUUUGGAUUCGCGGUAGCACUGGAAGAUCCGGGAUUUGGGUUGAAAGUAGCACUAGACGAUCCGGGAUAUGGAUUCAAAGUAGCACUAAAAGAUCCGGGAUUUGGGUUAGAAGUAGCACUAGAAGAUCCGGGAUGUGGAUUCGAAGUAGCACUCGAAGAUCCGGGAUUCGGGUUCGCGGUAGCACUAGAAGAUCCGGGACUUGGGUUGGAAGUGGCACUAGAAGAUCAGGGAUUUGGAUUCGCGGUAGCACUUUAA